AUGAAAAAGAACAACAUUUUAUCAGUGCCUAUCAAGUAUUAAAAUUAGAUAUAUUAAGUAGAAAUUUUUGCAUUCGAUACACCUUUGCAAAUUGCCUAUAGAUUUUGCACUCAACAGAAUUUGGAAUUCAAUUUUAUAUCACCACUUUCAAAAUAAAUAAUUUCCUUUGUGUCCUUGCUUUUGGAUUCCACCAGCAUAGACAAUACAGUCAAGGCAUAAAUACGAUUGCAUUUUGAUAAAUUCAUAAACAACGCAAGUAUUAGGGAGAGUAUUAAAAUUGUGGACACAUCCAUAUAAAUUUAAAAUGAUUGCAUCCAAAUUGCAAAGCAAUAAGAAUCAACGCGAAAUAAGGAUGAGAACUUCAAUUUCUCAUUUGACAAAGACAACAAUGAGGGCAACACAUCAAACAUUCAGGAUUAAUUCUAAUUUUCAUUUAAAAACAAAUUAUAAGAAAUGUUGAAUCCUGAAAAAUAUUAAUCCUCCUCCAGAGGAAACAGUCAUGUAGAUCAUUACGUUAAGAAUAAUUCGAUUCAUCAGAUUGAGAAUCUUCAAAAACAGGAGAAAUUGAAUUAGAAAAUAAUGAAUCGAUUAAAAAACAAAUCACCAAGUAAAUCACCAAAUAAAUCUCCAAACAGACGAGUUGGCAUACCUUAUCAAGAGUAUAUGAAAAGACCAAGUGUUUAGAUAGACAAUAAUAUUAAGGAUAGUUUCCAUUCGAAUUAGAAUUAUGGUCUCAAAAAUAGGCCAAAUCAAUUCAUUAGUGUUUAAUAGAGUCCCAUCUAUUCACCUGAGAAGCCAGAAUAAAAUACUCUUCAAACCUUACCAAAAGGUAGAAUAAGUAUAGAAAAAUCAAAGCAAUCUAAUUCGAGAAAUAUCUCUCCUCAGGAAAUUAGUUUCUCCUAAUAAUAGAUAGAUUAGAGCAUAUAAUCAUCUAUGAUUAGCAAUGGGACUCUAUGUAAUAGCAGAAUCGAACACCAGUCUAAGUAGGACAGAAUAAAGAGUUUCAAGGAUUUGAUGAAUAAGUUAUAGUGUAUUUCAACUCCUUAGAAGAGUCAUAGAAACUAUGAGAUUUGUAUCAAGCAAUAAAACAAUACAUAUGCAAAAAUAGAAUAAAAAAUUAAUGAAAUAUUUGUUAUGCUUGAUGCUGACAAGGAUGGUUUCAUAGAUCAUGAAGUCAAUUUGCAAUAGUUAAGAUAAUAAAUCAUAGAUAUGUUCGAGCCGGUUUGGUUUCAAAUUUUGUGGAAGAAGAUUAGGAUCAAUAAAAGAUAGUUUUAAGAAUUGAUGUAAAAAAGAAUUAAGGAUCUUGAUUAAUAAGACAUUGGAAAAUUUAUAUUUAAUGGAAUUAAAAAGUGA